AUGUCCGUUCUGCACGCGGUCGACCAGCACUGGUGUCCAGAUUUUGUGUACUUCUUCCCUCCCGAUAUCACGACUCAACUCAAAACCCAGACCAAGUCAGCCCCAGGGACAGGGAAAGGGUCUAGCGGCGAUACGAUUACGCACUUACAAAGUCCGACAUCUACGCCGUUCAAGGAUGUAUUCAGUCAGGUUGCGCAACAAUCCGGCGGAGUGAAUACCCGAUUGGCGUCAUUCGACCCACUGUCAGCCUUCAAUGUGCACGUGCGCAGAGCCCAGAAAUUAGCUCUCCUGGCCCUCUCUAGAGGCAUCCAGGUGCAGCGAUCGGUUGGGGACAAAACACUCGAGCAGGAGUACGAAUUGGACCAGGCAUGGAUUGCUGGGCUUGUUGGAGCGAUUGAGGUGACGCUUACCAAACCAAGCACAGCCGCCCUCGUGACCCUCCGGCCCGACGACCCGCGCCAACUGGUGGCGUUCCGCAGACCCUCACGCGACUCUGCGCGCAGGGCGGGUGGUAGUGAGAGUGGGUUAACCGAUGUACAGGAAGAACAAGCCAAGAUAUUGGCUCGCGCGAUACUGUCCGCUGGGGUGAAGCUGGACAAGUCAGCGGCCCCUAUGGCUCAGCUAAAGGGCGCACUGCUGUACUACCAGACGGUAGAUCAGAUACCGCACUUCGAGCGAAGGCUGAUUGAGCCUGUUGCAGCCGAUCUUGUCGACUUGGAUAUUGAUCUAGCCGCGGCAGAACAGACGGACCCAAGUGAGCGUGAUACGAACCUCGUCGUGAAUGGGAACGCAGACGAAGACGCGACAUACGUCUACAACACACUCACAUGUGAGGUGAUGGAUGCCAGUGUGCCUGAGAGCGAGUUUGCGCGCUAUGUGAUCAAGUUUACAGAUGGCUCUGCCGCGUUCGAGGGGGACUGGGAGGUGCUGCGGAAAGGCUUCACCCAUACAUAUCCCGUGCACCCCACUCUGGGAAUGGAGAAGGAAGCUCAUUUCUCGAUCGCGAUUGAGAUUGAGCAGAUGAAAGCCGAGGGCGCGAUUGCCGAGCCAGAUCUCGAGCCAGAUAGUACCAAUGUAGAUGGAAAGGAAGAUCUAGAUCGUAUCCUGCUGGGUCUAACCACAACUGGGGCUGGUGUCGAAGCAGAUGCAAAGCGCAAAACUAGUCGUCUGCUUCGUAACACCCGCACACGGUACAUCAUCCGUGCCUUCUCAAUCGCCUCAGUGUUUUCCGCGACGUUUGCGUUCCCCAGGAUCAGUCGAGACGGCGGGGGAACGGAGCAGCAGCCGUCUCCAGAUGACAUAGGGGCGUUUCAGGUGUGUAUGUGUUUAGUACGACGAGAUUAUGUUCAUGUCAGAUACAAGUGUACCACGCUAGAGUCGACGACGGAAAUGAAUGUGUUGUGUAUAGUGACACACUGGCUCCCCUCUCACUACCCCCCUCGAGUGCUCGCCCCCAAGCUAGGCAAGUGUGCAUGGUACGUCGGUGCAGAUGUUUAG